UUUCAUCCUUUUAAGUACAGAAAAAAAGAGAAGGAAAGCAUCUCCACACUCUCACAAAAACUCUCUCUCUCUAGGGUUUUAUAGGUUGUGUGAUAGUGAGAGAGGAGAGCGGAAGUGAAAUGGCAUCAAAUGGGGUUUUUGGAAGGUUCUGCAGAGCUCUGAUGGCGGCGGCCGCCGGCAUUCCGAAGGACACUCGGGAAACCAGGGUCCUGAAGGUCGGACCCAUCUCCCCGGAGCUGAAAAAAUUUAUGGGCGUCCCUUCAACGUGUCGCACCGAUGCCGUGAGAAAGGUGUGGGCACACAUAGUGCAACACAAGCUUCAGGAACUCGAUGACCCAAACUUCAUUCAUUGCGACGAUGAACUGAAGCCCUUAUUUGACGGCCAAGAGAGCGUCAAGCUCUUGGACAUCCCAAAAUUGCUGUCCUUGCAUUUCAAGGAGAAAUGAAACUGGAUCUGGAUGUUAGGGUGUUGUUUAAAACUUGUGUUGAUCACAAAACUGGGUGACUCCAUUAACACCAUUUUGGAUGUUAGGGUGGUGUUUAGAUGCUUUUUUUUUUUUUGGUUUUCCUCUUCAUGCAUGAACUCGAGACAAGAAGCCAAGACUGUUGCAGUUUCUUUAAGAUUGAUUUGCUAUUGAACGAGAUACUUAUUAUUUAUGGGAAGUUUUGGAAAAUGGUUCAGGCA